GAACGACGCGGUUUUCGCAAGAUUUUUCAAAUAAUUUUUCAUUUUUCGACAAGAUUUUGAGUUAUUCUGUAGUUAUUCUAGUAAAAUUUCGCCCUAAAAAUUGGAAAUGCAAUUCUUAAAGUACAAGCUUACGAUUUGAAUUAGUUAAAUACUGCUAAGUUGAUGUUGUGAAGUUUUUUUCAAAUUGAAAAUGAUCAAAUCGUUGAACUGUUUAGUAUCCAAACAAGGAUUUAAUGCCCGAUUAAAUUCGGCGGUAGCUUUUUGGCUGGAGAUCAAUCGUACUGAUACUUUUAAUUUCGUCAAUAGCCAAUGGGUUAUAUCAUCAUCGAGUAAAACAUUCAAAACAUUGAAUCCAGAUACCGGAGAAGUUGUCUCUGAAAUUCAAGAUGGAAACGAGACCCACGUAGAUAAAGCUGUAAUGGCGACUAAGAAAGCUUUCAAACUGGACAGCCCAUGGAGAAGUAUUAAUCCAUCCAAACCGAGAGUUUUGCUCAACAAAUUGGCUGAUUUUAUGAAAAGAGAUACCGUUCAUUUAACCAGUUUGAAAACCUCCGAUUAUAGUAAGCGAUACACUGCUUCUUAUAGUGUGGAUGUAGCCUCAUCUGUUCAAAAAGGUAACCUUAUUGCAUUCAAGCGAGCCCAUCGAAUUCCUCAUGGAUUGAUAUCAAAGCUGCAAAUCAGAACAAAUCGCAACUUCUCAACUGUUUCUGUAAACGGUAGUUCAAACAAUAUUAUAAAAAGUACAAUAAAUGAUCCUGAUGAAAGUUUGGACGAUCUCAUUAAAAAUACAAGACUACUUGAUGAUUGGGAAGAUUAUACUUUUACUACAUCGUCGAGGGAAUGGUGGCUCGAAUUAUUCAGCGAUCCGAUUCAACGACUCGAAACUGAAAAUGAUUCAUCGAAACGGCUGGAACUCUGCGCCAGGGCGUUGGGUAAAAUCGAAUGUAUGCUCUACACGCUCCCAUACUCUCGUGAUGAGGCAGAUCAAAAGCUCAGAAAAUCUGUGCAAGCUGAACACGAAUGGAAAAUCGCAAUAAAUACGCAAUAUUUUGUAAGAUGCUGCGCGGCUAUGGAGAAGUUUGAAUUACAAAAUGGCGAGUCAGCAGUCAUAGAUUAUGAAUCCUUACCCAAAAACCGAGCUUGGACUGAAAAAAGUGUGCUUAUUCGCGCCUUGCACUAUAAAUGGAUAUUUGCAAAUAAAUCAGACAAAUGGGACUAUCGAGUCAAAACUUUGUUGAAAAAGGUGAAAAAUUCGAAAAAAUUCGAUAGUGUAGCGGAAUUCUGCCGGUGUAUUGCAGUGGCGUAUCAGGAUCUUUCCAGAACCGUCCGAGAAUUGACGCUAACCCCAUGUUUGAAGGAUCCUAAGUACAGCUGUAUAGUAACCACACCUAAAGCAAAAGAGGCAGUGAGCAUUUUCAUGUCCAUGUUUGUAUUCAACGAUUAUAUUGGUGCAAGAAAAAACCCGAUCAAGGAAAAAAAUGAUCCUGGGAAAAGUAUAAUUGGCGAUCCCGAGAAAAACUUUAUUUUUACUACGUCAGUCGAAGAUACGCACAAAAUUUUCAAAGAUUUGAUCCAACCACUCGAAACUGAAAAUGAUCCAUCAAAACGAUCGGAACUCUGCGCCAAUUUGUUGGAUAAAGUCAAAAUGUUGGUCUACGCAGAUCAAUACUAUCGUAAAAAGACAGAACGAGAGAUCAGAAACACUGUGCGAGUUGAACAUGAAUUGGAAGCUAUAGAAAAUACACUAUUUUUCGUAAGAUGGCGUGCAGCUAUUGAGACGUUUGAAUCAGACUACAGCAGUUCAGCAGUCAUCGAUUGUGAAUCUUUCCCUGAAGACCUUCCUUUCAUCGAAGAAAAUGUGCUCAUUCGCACCUUGCAGUAUGAAUGGAUAUUUGCAAAUCGAUCCGAGGAGUGUAAAGUUAAAACUUUGCUGGAAUUGGUGAAUGAUUCGAAAGAAUUCGAUAGUUUGUCGGAGUUCUGCAAGUGUAUUGCAGUGGUGCAUAUGAAUCUUUCCAGAACCAUCCAAAUAUUGGCGCUAAUGCCAAUAUUGAAAGAUGCUGAGUACAGAUGUGUAACAACCAACCCUAAAGCAAGUAAGGCACUGAGCAUUUUCAUGUCCGCAUUUCAAGUCAACGAUUCGGUUGCUGUAAACAAAGUAUCCGACCAAGAGAAAUUGAUUACUCAAAAACUGAUUUAUGCACCAAUGUACUGGUGGUCCUCCUGGUAGGUAGUAGGUACUGGAAAAAAAAACUAAUUUUGAUUCUGAUAAGUUUUUCAUCCCAAAAUCGAAACAAUGCUCGAAUGCUCUGUACAUAGGAAAAGGGUGGCGUUCAAAAUCUUUAAAAAAAUGUAAUACCUACCUACUUAACUUGCAGGUGUUUGUUAAAGAUUGAAAAACUUUUUUAAAAUAUUCAAAAAGUUGAGAUUUUACUUCUCAGCAUUCGUUCAUUUUUUCAUACUGCUCACUUUAUGUAAAAUUAUGUUUGGAUACUUGAAUAAUUGAAUUGUUACGUUACGAAUUACUAUCCAGGGAUCAGGCCCGACCCAGGACCAGGACCCGAAACCCGAAAAAGCCCUGAUUAUUUCCUUGAAGCGCGGAUGUCCAACCCCCAAAACCUUAAAAACUGUAACUUACAAAGCCCUGGACCAAAGCCCGAAACCUUUUCUUCUAAAAACCAAGCCCUGAACGUGAGCCCCAAAACCCGAACUGUGAUCAGGGCUUUUUGGGGCUUUUCGAGGCUCGUAUAAAUUUUGUAAAUUACUAUUGUAAUCGCUGUUCUGUGCAUCUCAAAAAUCAAAAAAGGUGAUAAUCAAAAAAAAAAUUAAAACUUCGUAGUCGGGGAGCCUGAAUAAGAAUCUAUUGCACCCUCUCACCCCGUCGACCCUCCCAGACAACUUUUUUCUUAAAGGGACGAGUCCUAAGGAAUAUUUCUAGCCCUUGUUAAUUUAAAAAAAAGUGGCCUUACUUACAAAAUGGCGGCCAUUUUGAUAGGCAGGUAAGCCGAAAUCGCAGAUUUUGCGUUCCAACAUGGGUCUUGCACGAAAUUUUUUAACCGUACAAAGCUAGAUCGAAAGAUCAGGCAAAAAUUCAUCACUUGUAAAAAUUUCAAGAGCUAAAGAGCCUUUUUCGAUUUUUGGUGAAUUUUUGAACAUCAAGUUUGGGCCAAAAAUGUGGGAAAAAAUCAAAAUUUUACCAAAUUGACCAAGAAAGCUGAAAUUUGGGAUAUACCCUGUUUUCGACAUGCCGAAUCGAUUGGACACUGUUUCAACCCGUUUUGAGCAGUUCUGGAGCCUCCAGCAGAUUUUUGAAACUCGAAAUUCCCUCAAAAUUUCAUCAGAUGGAGAUGUAAAGCCGAAAUUCAUUCCGCAAACUAAUUUCAAUACACUACGAAGUUAACUGCAGGCGAAUUUCGAGUCAUUUUGGAGCCUCCAGCAACUUUUUGAAAGGUUGUAUGGCGUUUUUUAGAAAAUUGAAAUUUCCAGAAAGUUGCUGGAAGCUUCAAAACCAUUUGAAACCACCAUACAGUUGAAAUUAGUGCGCGAGUAAAUUUCAGCUUGCCAACUCCAUUUGAUAAAAUAUUGUGGGAAUUUCAAGUUUCAAAAAUCUGGUGGAGACUCCAGUAAUUUUCAAAAGGCCGCUGGAGGCUCCAAAAUGACUUGAACCCACUUGAAAUCGUCUUCAGAGGGUGUUAAAAUUGGAGUGCAGAGUAAAUUUCGGGUUUCCAUCUCCGUUUGAUGAAAUUUUUUUUGGGAAAUUUCAAGUUUCAAAAAUCUACUGGAGGCUCCAGUCAUUUUCAAAAUGUCGCUGUAGGCUCCAAAACUACUUAAAAUCCACCUGUAGUUGACUACAUAGCAUAUUGAAAUUAGUUUGCGGAAUGAAUUUCGGCUUUCCAUCUCCAUUUGAUGAAAUUUUGAGGGAAUUUCUAGUUUCAAAAAUCUGCUGGAGGCUCUAGAACUGCUCAAAACGGUUUGAAACAGUUUCCAAUCGAUUCGGCAUGUCGAAAAUAGGGUAUAUCCCAAAUUUCAGCUUUCUUGGUCAAUUUGGUAAAAUUUUGAUUUUUUCCCUCAGUUUUGGCCUAAAUUACAUUUUCAAAAAUUCGCCAAAAAUCGAAAAAGGCACUUCGGCUCUUAAAAUUUUGACAAGUGAUGAAUGUUUGCCUGAUCUUUCGAUCCAACUUUGUACGGUUCAAAAAUUUUGUGCAAAUUCUAUGUUGGGAUGUAAAAUCUGCGAUUUCAGCUGACCUGUCAAUCAAAACCACUUUUUUUUUAGGACAAGGGCUAGAAAUGUUCCUUAGGACUCUCCCUUUUAAAAAAAAGUUGUCCUGGAGGAUCGACGGGGGGUGCAAUAGAUCCUUAUGCGGGCUCCCCGACUAUCGGCAAAAGGUUUAAUAUUUCGAGGGGUUUUUGGUACAUUAUUAUUUAUAUUCUGUAGGUAGUUCAUUGUUCUUUGAAAAAUGAUACUUGAAAAAAUUUGAACCAUCAAUAAAAAAUUUCAAAAAAUGUUAAUUCUGAUUUUUUUUAAAAAACUGGUCCAUUCGAAUAAUUUUAAAUAAAGCUUCGAAAUUUGCUCUUAAAAUGUUUUUUUUUUUGAUUUUUUUUUCAACAGAAAAUCAAAUAAGAUUUUACUUUAUUCUUCAUUAAAAUUGCAAUUUCAAGCCCUGGACACUGAGCCCUAAAACCCAAACUCAAAGUUUCCUGGGCCCCAAGCUCCAAUCCAAGCCCUAAACCUAAUAAAUUUUUGAUUGGAAGCCCAAUCCCCGAAGCCCGGAACCCGAAAAAAAAAUCGUUCGUGGCCUCAUCCCUAAUCCCUAUAACUAUAUGAUGUUUCUCUCUAGUUCCUACUUCCUUUCUUCGUUUUAUAGACGAAUAAUUGUGUUCAUUAGAUUUUCGUAAACGUUUCUGCAUUCUUCGCGAUCUCUAUUUAAGAUGUAAUUCUUGGCAUUCGUUACAAUAGAAUACAUGGAAAAUGUUUUCAA